AUGGGAGGAGGACGACUCUUGGAUGGUACCAGUAUGCCUCGAAACGAAGAAUCCUGGCGCGCGAAUGCAGUCAACGUGAUGAUGGCCAUGGAAGAGACGAGCGUACAAGCACGAGCGACAGCCAAGUAUGCGCCCCCGCAGGACAAUAUGGUCAUGUUCAAUCUCAACGUCGCUUCUUUGAUUCACGGCAGCAAUGGCAAGGGAAGCGACCUCUCGCGUAUGAAGGCAUCUGCUGGAGAAGCGCCUUUGGAUCCGACCACCAAUCGUGCGAGCGGCAGAGUCGCGAUCGGUGUCUCCGACAGCGGCCGCGACACUGGCAAUGGUCGACAGCAACCUGUGCGUGAUGGCGUUGGAACCUCCGUGUCCGGACAAGAAGAGCCCCCCAAGAAGAAACAAAAGAAGGCACCACCAAAGAAGAAACAACUGACGGCGGAAGACUUGACGAGAAUCCGCCGCGCGCAAUUCUUGGCCUUUUGUCGCUGGUGGAGUCGCACCGGGGACGGUUCACUAACGACGUCGACAGCUACUCGUCUCACUGAGAAGGACUCCUCUGCCGCUUCCAUUGCUGUCGUCUUCAACACGGCAGCUUGCCCCAACUAUCUCAUCGGCGCUUUGUUUCACGAUCCAAUGUCGGAAUCAUCCUCGCCUUCCUUCUCGUGGAUGGAAAUUGACUUGAAAGGAACCAUUGUGCGCAAGGAGACGACCUGUCGCUAUGGUGUAGACAAAGAAAGCAGCAGUGACGACAAUGGUUUUGAUCGCUUGAUGAAGGCACUCGUCAAGCGCGACACGAUUGCAACCGUGGCCACGAUCGACGACUGGGAAGAUAGUAUCAAGAUGAACGACCCUGUCACUACGGGCCGUGUGGUGUUCUUGGAACAAGUUCCUGCUUGGCUGUCGCUCUCACCUGACACGGGAACAAGCACCACAUGGCGAGCCUCUCUCUCUAGCCAUGGAGGAUCCGUGUCUUCUGACGUUGGAAUGCGAGAAACAAAGACAAAUGACACCACAGAGGAGGAAGAAACGACUAUUUGA